AUGUCUCCUCGUUCUUCUCCCCACCCUUCCCAGCUUCUGCAGCGUUUUGGCAAGGCGCUGCAUAUCCUCCCCACCCCUGCCACCAAUCACGAGGAGCAACAAAGCCAGCAGGCCGCCGUCGACAAUGAGAACGAGGCCAAGAAGAUGCUUCGUGAGCAGCCCACUAUGGCUUCAUAUCGAUCCAUCAAGAAUAUCUUGAAAAGCCGUCUGACGAGACGCGCCGAGCGUGGAGAGAGGCACACCGAUGCCCAACACGUUCUAUCUGAACGCGUUCAACCUACGCGUCAGAUCCUGUACCGCGACGUUGACCUCGGUCUGCGUCGCCGCCCGUAUAAGCACGUGGUCCCUAUCAUGGACCUCCUCGACAAGGAAGACAGGGUUUCGAAGUCCGCUGUCGACGACGCGAGAGCGCACGAUGCGUCCAGUGCUAAACGUGACAGCACUUAUGAGCGCGCUCUCGACGGCGCUAUCAUCGGCUGCUGGGAGGGUCUCCACUAUAUCGUGGAGAUCACCCCCGCUGUCGACGCCGUCGAUGGCCAGAAUCCGCCGAUUGGCCUACGGCCCCAAUCUUCCCUGCCUCGAAGCGUCCUGACCUCGAGCGCCACCCAGGCCACAUAUAUCGGUGCCGCCCUCAGCAAGUCGCCCGUCCUUGAUGGCGAGGUGUCUGGGCGCCUAUCUUGGUCCGAGGACCACAGCGCCACGCGCCAGCCCUCAGGGGAGUCGCUGCGCCAGCUACAGACGAACAGCUCGAGCACGAAGCACCACUCUCGGUCUGGGUCAGGCGCGACAGCUGUCACCCUGCCGUCGGGCCCAGAGUAUGAUAGUGACGAGGGCAAGGAGCCUCAGGAGGGCGUCGACAAGAUCGAGGCGACGACCAGUCCGUCUCCCAGUACAGGCACUGGAGAAAACGAUGACGGCAGACACGCCCAGUCCUCGCCGACACCCAGGUUCCCUGGACAGGUUAGGUUUCUCGGCAGCCAACCCCGUUCCUACGAGGGACGGCUCCGGUAUGUCGGCAGCCAGCCCCAGGAGGACCCAGCCACCUCCACAACGGUUCUCAGAUCGGACCACCUCUGGCAGUCCGACUGGGACCAGGAGUUCGCCGCGGACUAUCUUGAGGAAUACCAAGAGUCCCAACCGGAGCGGCAGGCUGGGCAGCCAUCAUUUUGGCACAAUGAUGCCUAUGGCGAGGUGGCCUCCUUUGACGGGCCGCUGUUCGACGAAGAGUUUACGGGCUCGGUAUUCUUCCUCGGAACGUUCUCUCAAGAGUCGCCGACAGAGCCAAUCCACUCUGUCGGAGGGUCGCAGACGGAGGUUCUGCGGAAGGCGUUCGAGGAUUGCCGGGAUGCGGUGCGGCUCGCGAGAUGCGACGCCGCUGGCAAGCGCAUGUCGGUGAUUCUGGAGGACCCGGAGGAGGACAGCGACGGGGAUCUCCAGAGCAAUUGA